UAUAACCGGUUAAUGUAUGAAUCAUCUAGAAACAUACAAUUAGUGACAAAUAUUUAUUAUUAAAAUGUUAAAGUACUUGUCUCAUUUUAGAGAAUAUUUGGUACAAACAGGAAGUUGCUGUUUAACACACUGUGAAGAAGCAUGUUGUUAUACAUGGAGGCAACCAGUUUCAUUUACUUGAGUGACUUUUUGAAAACGAAAGUACUUGUAGGAGUAUUUUUACUGUACGUACUCUUACUUCAGUGAAGUUUCUGGCAACCCAGAAACGCAUCAGACACAAACCUACAAUUUAUGUUUGAGUGAGAGCUCUUGUUUACACACCAGCUUUGUUGCUGUGCACUGUUCUAAUUUAUAUACAUUAUCAACUGAAAGUACUGGUUUCAAAAGCUUUUUGUUGUGAAAAACAGAUUUUAACAUGAUUAUUACUUUGAGUGAUGUGAUAUAAUUUUACACUUUUUUAUUAUUUAAAGUAAAAACGUAAUUUUAUAUUUUAUCUGUCGGAUUAUAUCAUAUCUAUAAAUUAAAUCAAAUGAAGAAGUAAUACUCAAUAACUAAGUAAUGUUUUUUAUAGAGGAAUACUUUACACUUGAAGCAAAGUAAAUAUAUAUAUAUACAUAUUGAUCUUCAGAAGGAUAUUUCGCUACUAGUAUGAAGUAUUUCUGCUGUUUACCUAUGUCAUUUAAACUUCCUAUUGUCAGCCAAUCAGCGGCCUCCUAGCCUCAGCUGCAGCCAAUAAGCGACCUCUUAGCCUAAGCCAUAGCCAAUCAGAUCCUCCGCAGCGCUAUUUGAACGUCCUGCGUGAAUCGUGCUCUGUAGUUUCAGCUGCUGUGGAUCUUCUCCGGUUCUGGUUCUGAUUCUAGUAUUCAGGAUUUUAUCUCGACAUGUCUGCUGUGGGGGUUCGAGCUGCGCCGCUGCAGGCCGCAGAGGAGCCUCUGAAGAAGGGGAAAAGCUGCGCAGCUCCGAGGAGAGUUGCUCUCGGAGAGAUCACCAACAACACCGGAACACUGGCCGAUACCAAGAGGACCAGAUCAUCCAAGAAGUCCUCCAAGCCUUCCUGCUCCCAGAACCCCAAACGGAUCCCAGAGGUCGCGGCCCGGGUCACGGAGCCGCUCCCGGGUCUCCCAGAGGAUCCGUCCCUGGAGGUGGAGCGGGAACUGUGCCGGGCUUUCUCCGAGACGCUGCUGCCGGUGCUGGACGUGGAUGAGCAGGACGUCGCGGAGCCGCAGCUCUGCUCUCACUACGUCAAGGACAUCUAUGCCUACCUGCAGAGUCUGGAGGUGCAGCAGGCCAUCCGGGCCGACUACCUGAAGGGGUCGGAGGUCACGGCAGCCAUGAGGGCGAUCCUGGUGGACUGGUUGAUCCAGGUCCACUCCCGCUUCCAGCUGCUGCAGGAGACGCUGUAUCUCACCGUGGCCGUUCUGGACCGCUUCCUGCAGGUCCAGCCGGUGUCCCGCAGGAAGCUGCAGCUGGCGGGCGUGGCCGCCAUGCAGGUGGCCUGUAAGUACGAGGAGAUGUUCUGCCCGGAGGUGGGAGACUUCGCCUACAUCACGGACGACGCCUUCAGCAAGGCCCAGAUCCUGGAGAUGGAGCAGCUGGUGCUGAGGAGGCUCGGCUUCCAGCUGGGGCGCCCGCUGCCGCUGCACUUCCUGCGCCGAGCCUCCAAGGUGGCAAACACCGACAUAGAGAAGCACACUCUGGCCAAGUACCUGAUGGAGCUGACCCUCCUGGACUACCAGAUGGUCCACCUGCGGCCCUCUGAGGUCGCCGCCGCCUCCCUGUGUCUGUCCCAGCUUCUGGUGGACGGCCUGCCCUGGUCUCCCACGCAGCAGCACUACUCCACCUACGACGAGGCCCACCUGCAGCCAAUCAUGCAGCAGCUGGCAAAGAACGUGGUGCUGGUGAACGAGGGGAAGACCAAGUUCCAGGCGGUGAGGAAGAAGUACUCCAGCAGCAAACUGAUGAAGAUCAGCCUCCUUCCUCAGCUGAACUCCUCCAUCAUCCAGAAGCUAGCGGCUCCUCUGCUAACGGAGGCCUGAGACCCGGAACGUCUUCCUGGACUUUAACUUUUUGCACUUUAGUUUUGGAUUUGUUCUCUUGCGUUGGAGCUUUUUUAUUAAAAUGUUUUUAGAAACUUUAAUAAUUUUGUAGUAUUCUUCAGGAUCUUGUUCCUUAAACUGUUUGUGAACAUGACCUGCAGAAGUUUGUCUGCAAGCAACUUCUGUGGAAACAAAAUCUAAGACUUAUUUUAUUUUUAAAUCAAGAAGUCUGGUUUAAUUUGUUAAACUGAAAUAAAACUCGUUUUAAAAACA